AAAAUGGUUUCCCCCACCAUAAGGUCUUUCUGUCCGGUAGACUUGGACAUUGACAUGUUGACGGGCAAAAGAUUGCAAAUCAACACAAAAUCAACAGAUGCUUCCGAAUGCGACCUUGCUGUUUGUUUAUGUGUCCCCAUUCCUAACUUAUCUUAUUCUGUCUCAAAUGGUAAUUUCCCACUGAUUUUCCACACUCAAGGGAACAGAAAUCCCACUCUUAUCGAUGCCAAGGUUGGGAACUCCCUUGACUCCAGGCGGCUCCUUGCUACCGAGUACAAUCCAACCAGGCUUGCCAGGCCACUUCCAUCCAAACAGCAUUGCAUAAUCGUCCGCGUCUUGGGCCGCAGCACGGCCGAUCCUAUUUUCUGUCGUUUAUUCUUUGCCUGUCAAUUUUAUUUUAUUUUACCGUCAAUCUUUAGCAUAAGCGCCCGAUAAAAUCCUGUUCUACGUGGUGUCCCGUUAUCCAAUCAAUAGUCUCUUUUCGGGUUAUUUCUCCAAGGUUGUUCACCAGUCCUUAGUAAAGUCUGAACCUGGACUUUUCUUCUUCAAAUACAGCCCACACAAUCGACUGGGCCAGACGCCACAAAAUCCCACAUCAAACCACCAAACGAUGCCUUCUGUACGAGGCAUUCUCGACAAGCUCAUUGGCAAGAAGCCGGUAGAGACUCCACCACCGAUCACCACCCGUACCGCCGUCCUCCUCCUUAUCCUCUAUACUUUCGUCUACGUGGUGCCGUUCUAUCUCUCAUCCCGCACGAGGCCGUCUGCCCAGCUAUCCCGUGAUGCCCCGUCCGUAAUCCGGGCCCGCAUCACCUCGGUGCUGAUAUCCUGCCUGAUCUGCUCUCUGGCCACAUUUUACGUCGUCACCAAGGAUGGCCAGAUUUCGCCGAUGGGUGCCUUGCGGAUGAUGGGCUACUGGCCCGUGGGUUUUGUCGAGACCGCCAAAUCUCUCGUCUUGACCAUGCUUCUCUUCUUGGGGCCGCUGUUCGAGUACUUUGUGGUCGAGCGCGGUUGGCGCGAGUGGAUCGCCCUCACUCCAGUCUAUGAACUAUUUGGCGAGUGGACAACAUGGCGUAAUAUCGUUGCUGGUCCCGUGACGGAGGAAAUCCUCUUCCGCUCCGCCGGUAUCCCUCUGAUGCUGCUGGCCAAGACCUCGGUCACCAAGACCAUCUUCUUGACGCCCAUUAUAUUUGGGCUCGCCCACAUGAACCACUUUUACGAAUUCCGCAUCUCGCAUCCCCAGGUGCCGGUCGCCGCCGCCGCCCUGAGGUCCGUCUUCCAGUUCUGCUUCACGACGCUGUUCGGCGCCUACGCCACCUUUGUCUUCCUCAGGGGCGGCAGCCUGUUGAGCGUGUGCCUGAUCCACGCCUUUUGCAACUCGAUGGGCCUGCCCCGUCUCUGGGGCCGCGUGGAGCCAUCGGCCGCCGCUGGCGAGUUUGCCGAAGAUGGACAAACGCGCAAGCCCAAGGCCACGGGGCUCACGGUGGCCUACUACUUGCUGCUCGUGACCGGGGCCGUGCUGUUCUAUCAGAACAUCUUUUUGCUUACCAAGAGCCCCCUAGAGCUUGCUGUGAUUCAGUAGGGAAAAAAGGGGGAAGGGGAAAAAAAGAAGAAAAAAAAGAGGAGUGGUAGAUGCCGAAGCGGGUUUAUUUUAAUUCCUGAAAUGCACUUUUGUAAAAUGGCAUUGUGGGUAUGUACUUGCAAUCUUAAUGCUGUCGGAUAGAUCGCACGUACUGCUUGGAGCGAGUCCUAUCUUUACAUCACAAAAUCCGUAGCUGUUAUAUUUUCCCACAAAUUUCUAUAACAAGACAAGGUCAUCCGUCGGUGUAAUUUCAAAUUACGUUUUCCUUUACUUCGAUAUUUCUGUGUAGAAUUCACUCAUGCACUUUGUGCAAUGCUCUAUAAAUGCAGGAGUACAACGCAAAUAUACAGUUAAAUAAAAAUUAUUGCC